UGAAACCUCAGUGUUGACUUCAGAAAGACUGUGAUCAUUUGCAAAAAGAAGUUGCCCUCUUUCCAUGGCAGAUGUUUAAACUUGCCUCCCUAAGGGUCAAGAAAAACACCACCUCAUGGAACGGGAUUGGGCCAACCAGACCCAAGCCGGCGCCAUCCUGGGGCACCUGCUGGGGGACCACAUGGAGGGAAGAAACAGCAGCAACUCCACCAGGGCCCUGAAGCUUUCAGAUGGGACCAGCGCCACUUGGUAUAUCCUCACCAUCUUUGGCGUCUAUGGGCUGAUUUUCCUCUUCCGAUUGGCCAGCAACAUCCUCAGAAAGAAUGAAAAGUCCUUGGAAGACAUUUAUUACUCCAAUCUGACAUUUGAACUUGAAAAGAAAGGGCUCCAGAGCAAGGCAGCCAGAUGCUCUUCACUGACCAUUAGCAACAGAGCUGUCCUGCGGCCCAACCAGGCCAGCCCGGAGACAAAGGGUGGGAACAGCAGCCCCCACGCUGAAAUCCAAGAGAUCCCUUGA